UGCCAAGCUCCCUCAGCAGCUCCCCCGAUCAGACGGAAUCUAUCUUCACGAGCCCGCAAAAAGAACCGCUGCCUGACUGGCGCCUCUCUGCCUUCAAUUGUUGAGGGCUUGAGGCAUGCAAGCUCGCUCUUUUCAUGCUUUACAGGCUCACAAGUUGUUGUGACAAUAACUAGGUACAGUAGCAACUCCCCAAACAGGGCAAGAUCAACUGCGUCGAAGCUGCUCUGCAACGACGACUCUGUUUCUUGGUUGCAAUUUGCAAACCGAUGCCGUCGUCUUCUCCGUCGAGAAAUCUGCACAAGCCCAUGGGCAACGGCAAGCUCGGAGACCACCACCAGCAGCUGAGCAAUCUCCACGCCGCCAUGAAGAGGCACGGCGGCUUCCCCCGUCUCUCGGCGUCCAGCACGGCGCUGGUCCUGCUGCCCCUCGUGCUCCUGGUCUUCACCUUCUUCUUUGUGUACCCCAGGGAGUUCGAGCUGCAGGCGAUGAUGAGCGCGUGCGCCCCUCCGGCGACGGCGGGGGUGGCGUCCUCCUCCUCGCGCCUCGCGGAGCCAGCCGUGGUCCGGAAGCCCGACUUCCGGCUGCUCAUCGGCGUGCUCACCCGCGCCGACCUCUACGAGCGCCGGCACCUCCUCCGCAUGGUGUACGGUCUCCAGCUGGCCUCCGGCGACCUCGCCGCCCACGUCGACGUCCGCUUUGUCUUCUGCCGGCUGUACAAGGACGACCAGCGCGUGCUGGUUCCUCUCGAGAUCCUCGCCCACGGCGACGUCAUCGUGCUCGACGGGUGCGAGGAGAACCUCAACGGCGGCAAGACAUACACGUUCCUGUCGGCGGUGGCGGAGCUCUACGCCGACGAUCCCUACGACUACGUGAUGAAGGCCGACGACGACAUCCUCUUCCGGCUGCCGCAGCUGGUGGAGUCGCUGGGGGCCAUGCCGCGGGAGGACAUGUACUACGGCGCCACCAUCCCGUGCUCCAGCAUGGACCCGUUCCGGGAGUACAUGGCCGGCAUGGGGUACGCGCUGUCGUGGGACCUGGUGGAGUGGAUCGCCACCUCCGACGUGGCGCGCAACCACAGCGUGGGCACCGAGGACAUGCUGACGGGGAAGUGGCUGCGGAUCGGGGGCAAGGGGAAGAACCGGUUCAACGCCAAGCCGGCCAUCCAUGACUACCGGAACCCGGUGCCGGUGGACCAGUGCGAGCACGAGUUCAUGCCCAGCACCAUCGGCGUGCACCGCCUCAAGAGCAACCCGCGGUGGGCGGAGGCGCUAAAGUACUUCAACUUCACCGCGGGGCUCAAGUCCUCCAAGUUCUACAAGUUUGAAUAGCGCUAGAUAAAAGGAUCAUCGGAUGCAUCAGCUCUCGUUAAAUUUGAGGAGCUUUUAUACAUUGAACCGAUGUGUUCUUUUGUGAUGCUCUUCCUCUUAUUUUUGCCCCUUUUUUUGUACUGCUGCACACAAUUG